AUGUUCAGCCAUCCCUUUAACCCGGCCCUAUUCGAUAUCAAAAUCAAGUCCCCCCACAAGAACCUACUUCUCCUACGGGGCAAUGAGUUUGAGUGCGAAAAUGUUCUCUUAGAGGGCACAGUCAAACUCAGCAUAUCUGAAGAUACACACAUCAAGAAGGUCAAACUUGUAUUCAUAGGAGAGUACCUGGUGAAUUUCUUUGAACGUAUGAAUAAUGGUUCUAUACUAGCAGAAGUGAAUGAACGAUUGUGCGUUCUCAAGGUAGAUUGGUACAAUUUAUUGACGAGUCCAGUCGGAGUGAUUAAUUACGGAAGCUACGGUGAUAAGUUUGUACGAUACAACAAGAUUGGUUCCAUUAAAAAGUCGAGAAGCGGCUCUAUUACAGGAGUAGAUGAUGGUGUACUUCCUGGUGUACUUCCUGGUGUAGACAAUGGUGACAGCCCAGCAUUAUCUCGUACAAGAUCGGGGCCGGCAUUUGGAGACGCUCAUCACCGAAAUGGCGAAAUAGUACUUCCUCUGAGUGGUGUAGAUGGAACUCCUUUCGUUGGUUCUGAUCAGAAUUCGUAUCUACUCCCCAAAGGAAACUACAACCUCCCAUUCAGAGUGCUCUUGCCCUCCAAUAUAUCUGAGACGGUUGAAGGCUUGAGCUGUGGUAGUUUGCUUUACAAGAUCGGUUGCACCAUAGAGAGAGGAAAGUUUGAAAAGGAUGUUACCAUAAUGAAGCAUAUUAGAAUAGUAAGGACUUUGCAUCCACAGAAUUUUAAUCUCACUGAUAGCAUCGACAUUUACAAUACUUGGCCAGAGAAAGUAGACUAUAACGUCAAUAUUGCCAAAAAGGGUUUAGCAAUAGGAUCUUCUAUACCUAUCAACAUUAUCAUUGUGCCAAUAGCGAAAGGAUUGAGUAUUCGAAAAAUACAUGGAUGUAUAGUUCAACACUACCAUGUCAUGUACGAAGAAGGAACGUCUCCCGAAUACGAACAAUUGCAUGGCAAACAAAACAUGCCAAUACCAGAUCAGGAAACUCUACCAGAUGACAAAUGGACUAUCAGUACACAUUACAAGGUUCCAGAGAAUUUGGCCCGUAUUACACAAUCAUGUGUAUUGAAGAAUAAUAUAAUUCAGGUGCGACACAGACUCAGGGUAUGUGUUCAGUUGAACAACAAGGAGGGCCAUACAAGUGAACUUAGAGCAAACUUGCCUGUUUACCUAUACAUUAGUGCCAACGCUGGACACGUUCGUGGAAAGCAUUUAGUUGUAGAACCGGAAUUGGCACAGUUUAUAAACAUCCCAGAUCAGCUGGAUACCCUAUUCAAAAAACACCAUGAACAGAAUGGAUCACAGAGUCCGAUGCUUUCAGCAAAUGAAGACGGAGAAGAGGAACCUAUUGAUGAGAACGAUUUGGACAGAUUGGAUGCUGCUCCCCCUUUGUAUCAGAAGCAUGUGUUUGACAAAGUGUAUGAUAUGAAUUCACCCAAAACUCCAUUAGAGCAGUUCCGAAAUCAGAGUGUUUCACCAUCUCCUCUUUUGUCUCCCAUUGAGACAAGAAAUAACAUUGACAGUUGCAUUGACUCAGAUUUACCUCCCCGUCGCAAUAGUGAUGUUCCCAGUAGUCCUCAACUUGAUGUUAACACUCUCUGUCGUGUUCCUACUUAUGACGAGGCUGUAGAAAAUGACAUUGACGAUCCUUCAAUUGAAGAGCCUGCUCCAUUGUAUCCUGAU